CUCGUAGAGCACCAGUCAGACAUGUCCGACAUGGCUGGACGGCGCAUUGUUCAGCUUGAGGAAGCGGUGAUCAAUCGGAUUGCUGCAGGUGAAGUUGUGGUGAGACCUGCAAACGCUUUAAAAGAGUUAAUUGAAAAUUCGUUGGAUGCAAAAAGCCAACGGAUCAAUGUAAUGGUGAAGUCUGGAGGCCUGAAGAUGCUGCGCAUCGAAGAUGAUGGGCAUGGGAUCCGGGCAGAGGAUUUGCCUAUCCUUUGUGAACGUUUCACAACAUCAAAACUACAAAAAUAUGAAGAUCUCCUGAGCAUCGGAACUUUUGGCUUUCGUGGUGAAGCCCUUGCAUCAAUCAGCCAUGUAGCGCAUGUCACAGUGACAACCAUGACGAGCAAUGACAGCUGUGCUAGCAUCGCUCACUACAGUGAGGGCAAACUGCAAGGUGACGGAGUUAGACCAUGUGCUGGAACUCGUGGCACAACUUUGAUGGUCGAAAACAUGUUUUACAACAAUCCAACUCGUAGACAAGCCCUGGGCAAAGAAAGCAUUGAACACUCCAAGGUGCUUGAAGUUGUACAGCGCUAUGCGAUUCACUAUCCGCAUGUUGCUUUUGCUUGUAGAAAGUUUAGUGGUUCCAACAGCUCUGCAUUUGAACUCUCCACAACUGGAGGUCAGCUAAAUUCUCGAGAUGUCAUUGGAACCAUUUGGGGCCAAAAUCUUGCGAAUGAACUCUUUCCUUUCGAGGUCAAAUCAGAGGAGCCACCUUUUUCUUGCAGAGGCUUUGCCUCAAAUCCGAACCAUUCAGCUCGUUCAUCUACACUCAUCUUGUUCAUUAACAAUCGGCUGGUGGACUGUGCACCUUUGAAGCGAGCUGUAGAAGCUGUUUAUCAACCGGUCCUUCCGCGCCAUCAGCACCCCUGGGUCUAUUUGGCAUUGGAUGUGGACCCAGCAACCAUUGAUGUGAAUGUUCAUCCGACCAAGAUGGAGGUGCAGUUUUUGCAUGAAGAGAUAAUCUCUCAAAGAAUCCAAGAGACUCUGUCAUCGCAACUGCGCACCAUGGGUGGUUCGAGAAGCUUCUCCUGCAUUUUGCCGUCUUUGCCAUCUUUGCCUUCGACAGGCAAAGCUUCUGCCUUCAUUGACACAUCGCAAGAUGCUGGGCCUCCGGGGCUGCCAGGGCCGACAUCACAAGCAACACCGCAGAGAGCUGAGAGAGCGGAGAGAGCGGAGAGAGCUGAGAGAGCUGAGAGAGAGGACAAGUCGGCGCCCGAAGACAAGGCAACUACUAAGGCUGCCAAGGCAGCCGCCAAACCCACUCAGAUCCGCACAGAUCACACACAGAUGUCCCUCGAGUCCAUCUUCCGAGAGUCACAGGUCCAAGCCUCCCAAGGCUCCCAAGCUUUCCAAGACAUGGAGCCAGCGCCCAUCCAGGACGCACCACUUGGGGCAGCUUCGAAGCAAAGCAACGGACACAUUGAUCUGGAUGGCGACGAGGCAGAUGGAAAUGCUACGAAAGCGAUGAACGCAGAACGAUCUGAACCCUCUGCUGAACGCUUGGCCGUUUUCGAAGAAGCCCAGCAGCUGACCUCCAUCGAAGAGCUUCGGAGUGCUGUGAACCUGGCUUCCGAUGAGAACUUGUCGAAGCUCCUGAACCAGUCAGUUUAUGUUGGGCCUGUGAACCGCGAGCUGAUCCUUUUGCAAUGUGGAGCAUCUCUGUGCCUUGCAAAUCUGGCAAUUAUGGCUCGAGAAUGCGCUUACCAAAGACUCUUGAGGCUGAUUGGCGGUAUUGGCUGUAUCACAUUGGUCGAGCCGCUGCCCCUCAAGGACCUGGUGCAGCUUGGUCUCAGAGAUCCCGAGUCUGGCUACGACAAGCUGCCUGGCUCUGACAUCAGAGCUUUGGAAGAUCGCUUUGUGUCGCUGCUGCUCCAGAAAGCUGACCUAUUGAAAGAAUAUUUCAUGCUGGAGAUCGAGAUCAAAGAGGAUCAAGAGGAUCACAUGGAUCACAAGGAUCAUGGCAAGGCCCUGCAAAGCGUGCAACGCCAUGGUAGGUUGAAGACAGUGCCCAAUGCCCUUGGUUUGACCUCAGAUGUUGGGUGUUCUUUUGACGGCCUGCCACUCUUUAUGUUGCGGCUUUGCACUGAGAUCAAUUGGAACGAUGAGAAGACUUGCUUGGACGGUAUAUGCCAGCUUGCUGCAGAGUUUUGUGCUGACUUGCUAUUGCCUGACGAAUCCCUAAAUGCGACUGAUGCCGUCAAUGCAGCUGUUGCAGCCGGGGAGUUCGAAGAUGUUGCUACAGCUGCGGCAAAGCGACCUCGCACAUCUCAGGAAUUGCAGAGUCUCAGAUGGUUGCAUGAGGCUAUACGGAAAGAUGGCAUGUGCAAAUGGCCACGUAGUUUUGCAAAGGAUGGAACUCUCUUGGAUCUCGUGUCUUUGGACCAGCUUUACAAGAUCUUCGAACGCUGUUAAGAUACACCUCGAACUGGUGAAUGAGCAUGGUUUCAGCAAUUAUUACGUGCUUCAAGUGAUUUCAAUGUAAUUCGAGACUCUCUCUCUCUCCUCAUUCUCUCUUCGUUUGGGGUUGAUAGCUUCGACAAUGUCUGACAUUGUUGAAAGAUGUUCAAAAAGGAUUGCCCUUGAGGGCGUUCCAGGACAGCGAGGGUGUAGCGGCCAUAGGUCCAAAA